CACAAACCUCUUGCUCGGGGUCCCGGUGCUCUCUGCGAGCACGCUGAGUAAAGUGAAAUUCAUGUCUGAGGACCAGUCAUCGGGGCAGGAUGGAGAGCUUGGGUUUGCAAGCAGUGACCCUUAGUGACGGGACGACAGCCUACAUUCAGCAGGCUGUCAAAGGUGAAAAACUGAUUGAAGGGCAAGUCAUUGAACUUGAAGAUGGGACCACAGCUUAUAUCCAUCAGGUGACAGUUCAGAAAGAGUCUGUGGCUUUUGAAGAUGGUCAACCAGUAGUGUUGGAAGAUGGCAGUAUGGCCUACAUACACAACACACCUAAAGAAAGUUAUGACCCCAGCACCUUCGAGGCCGUCCAGCUGGAGGAUGGCUCCACUGCCUACAUACAUCGUCCUGUCAUCAUGCCACCUGGCAGCACCAUCCUGGAAGUGCAGGCAGAAACUGGGCUAGAGGAGUUGGCUGGAGAGGAGGAAGAUGAUGCCUUUGAUGUGGAGACCAUUGAUGCAUUAAAGCAGUACGCCAGUAAGGUAUCUGACGAGGAAGAGGAGGGAGUGACAGACAACUGCCAUAUGAAGAGUGAGGAUUCCAGUGAUGUCCGUUCGCAGGAUUUGCAGGAGGAGGAAGUGCACAGCAAUGAGAAGGGGCAGCAGGUCGGCAGUAGAGCUUUCCGUUGUGGGUACAAAGGCUGUGGCCGCCUCUAUACCACCGCCCACCAUCUAAAGGUACAUGAACGUGCUCACACAGGUGACCGGCCAUAUACGUGCGACUUCCCAAGCUGUGGAAAAGCAUUUGCUACAGGGUACGGGCUGAAGAGCCACGUGAGAACACAUACUGGUGAGAAACCGUACAAGUGUCCAGAAGACGUGUGUAGCAAAGCCUUCAAAACCUCUGGGGAUCUACAGAAACACAUCCGGACACACACAGGUGAGCGUCCCUUCAAGUGCCCCUUUGUGGGCUGUGGCCGCUCUUUUACCACAUCCAACAUCCGCAAGGUUCACAUCCGAACGCACACAGGCGAGCGGCCGUACAUGUGUCCGGAGCCCAACUGCGGAAGGGGCUUCACCAGUGCCACCAAUUACAAGAACCACAUGAGAAUCCACACAGGAGAGAAGCCGUACAUGUGCACUGUGCCGGGCUGCGGAAAGCGCUUCACAGAGUACUCCAGCCUCUACAAGCACCACGUGGUCCACACGCACUGCAAGCCCUACACCUGCAACAGCUGUGGGAAGACCUACCGCCAGACCUCCACGCUGGCCAUGCACAAGCGCAGCAGCCACGGCGAGCUGGAGGCCACGGAGGAGAGCGAACAGGCCCUCUACGAACAGCAGCAGCUGGAGGCUGCUGCUGCUGACAGAGGUUCCCCCCUGAAAAGCCAGCAUAUCGCUUUCCUGUCAGAGGUGGAGGAAGAGGAAGAGGAAGAGGAAAACGACGAUGGUAUGCCUACACAGGUCUCACUUAUCUCUCAGGAUGGGACAGAGCAGGUCAGUUUGUCGCAGGAAGACCUGCAGGCCCUGGGCAGUGCAAUCAGCAUGGUGACGCAGAGCGGUGCCCUCGCCGUGCCUGAGGAAGAGCUGGCAGGUGGUGACACACACACCGUGACUGUGGCCAACACGGACGGCACCGAGACGCAGCCGGUUACCAUAGUCACUUCUGGGGCAGUCAUGUCUGAAGAAUCGGCCAUCGCGUCCCUCCAUCAUCAGCAGGUGGCAUUGCUGGCUACCGCCAACGGCACCCACAUCACAGUGCAGUUAGAAGAGCAGCGGAGCCUGGAGGAAGCCAUCAGCAUGGCCGCAGCAGCGAUCCAGCGUGAACCUGUAGCACUUGACGCAGCCGUGUCUGAGAAUGGGUGCUGAGACCCUGCAGAGCCUCCCGGGCAGGGAGGGCAGGCAGCCCGAGCCUGUUCUCUGCGGGGCUGUCGGGAGCUGCAGGAACCGGGCCAGCUGGCGCGCAGAAGUGCGGUACACGAGCGAGGGAAGGUGGCU